AUGAAACGCGUCCGAAAACUAACUGCUGCCAUGCUCGCCUUAACAAACAUAUCUCUGACACUCUCACUCUUGCUACCGUAUUGGGACUGCGGACGCAUUCUCAGAGAAUGCAUUGAAGAUGGCCGUGCUUAUCGUGAGGUUAUGUUUGCUGUGGCCACAUUGCUCGCCAUUGGUUUGUCUUUACUCUUCGCUGUCUUCAUUAUCGAAGUUGUACUACUCUGCGCAAAGGCCAUACCUACGGGUACUGUUACUGUCCGAUUUGUAUUUAUCUACAUGGGUUCGCUGUCAUCUUUUUGCGGUGUGCUGUUGUACACUGGUCUCGUGAUAGGUCGAUGGGCCUACUUUUUGGCCAUCUUUGGUGCAACCAUCGCUUUCGUGGUGCAAAAAUUGGCCAUGAUCUCCUGGCGAUGCGUCAUAGCAGAGGAUUCGUAG